UGUCGCUCCACCUGUCAAACGGUGACAACUUUAACAGCAGUGAGUGUCGCAACUGUUACUGUUAGACUGUGUGUCAUACUAACAAAUGUACACCGUGGAGAUAAAUAAGCAGAGCCUGACUGCAGUAAUGGACCACGAAAAAACUAUUUGGAUAAAAGAGGAAACAAGUGAGAUAUCAAGUUCACCAGGCUCCAUUGUCCAGGUAUACCCCUCUAGUGUGAAAAUAAAGGAAGAACCACAGGAGACUGGGAAUAAAGAGUUACUUCAAGAUCCAUUAAAAAUUGAGGCUCCAUUUUACAACACAAAGGAAGAUCCAGGACUGAAAUUGAAUGCGAGUCUCUCUGAACAUAGUUAUCUGGAAGACCCAUUGAUAGCCUCGGGGUCCACUGAUCAUAUUAAGGAGGAUUCAGUACUAAAUUUAGGAGCAGAAGAAAUUGAGACUUUUAUGUUCAGCAAUCCCGAAUAUGAUCCUCUGGGAGUUAAGAUGGAGGAGGUGGAAGCCUCAACAAGAUAUGCAUCUGAUAGUGCAAGAUUGACUCAGACUAGUGGUGGGAGCUGUGGCAUAUCAUGUGGAGAAAUUUAUCACCAUGGGCUGGUCCAGGAUGAUUCGGUGAUAAAGGAGAAGUCAACACAUGAGUUUGGUACAGAAAAUGUGACUAUUGACAAGGAAUGCUCAGUUGCCACCCAAUAUGACUGUAGUAAGAGAGAAAAGGAAUUACUUCUAUUUAGCUGUGAUUUCUGCCAACAGAACUUUCCUUCAAAAUACAGACUCAUAAUGCAUGUGUUUAUGCACAUUGAUGGCAUGCAGCCACCUUUGUAUGUUUGUAAGUGGUGUGGUGAGGUAUUUCACAGUAAGGUUAGUUUGAAAACACAUUUGAGAAUGAGAGAGAAUUAUCAUGUCUUAACUGCUGGCCACCAUGAAAAAUAUGACUAUAGUGAUGAGCAUCAAAGCAGUAUCUUCUUGGAUAGUGAGCCAGAAGUUUCUGUUACAGAACACAUUGAACAGUCUUCAUAUAAGGAAACGUGGAAAACUUCAAAGAAGGCUUCUAAUGACAUGUGUAACACACACAUGACAAAUGAUACAACAAGUGCUUAUGGAAUUUUAUCUACAGCUGUUAAUGUCAGUGCCCAGGCUGAUCUACAUAUUGCAAACAGAACCAACAAAUGUGGUAUUUGCGCCAAAUGGUUUGCUAGGUCAGGCGAUCUGAAGACACAUUUAUUAAUUCACACUGGAAUUAAAUCUCACAAAUGUGAGAUUUGUGGAAAAUGUUUUUCUACAUCAGGUUAUCUCAGGACUCACGUAUUAAUUCACACUGGAAAGAAACCUCACAAAUGUGAGAUUUGUGGAAAAUGUUUUUCUAGAUCAGGUCAUCUCAAGACUCAUUUAUUAAUUCACACUGGAAUGAAACUUCACAAAUGUGAGAUUUGUGGGAAAUCUUUUACUUUGUUAGGCAGUCUCAAGAAGCACACAUUAAUUCACACUGGAAAGAAACCUCACAAAUGUGGUAUUUGUGCCAAAUGGUUUGCUAGGUCAGGCGAUCUGAAGACACAUUUAUUAAUUCACACUGGAAUUAAAUCUCACAAAUGUGAGAUUUGUGGAAAAUGUUUUUCUACAUCAGGUUAUCUCAGGACUCACGUAUUAAUUCACACUGGAAAGAAACCUCACAAAUGUGAGAUUUGUGGAAAAUGUUUUUCUAGAUCAGGUCAUCUCAAGACCCAUUUAUUAAUUCACACUGGAAAUAAAUCUCACAAAUGUGAGAUUUGUGGAAAAUGUUUUUCUACAUCAGGUCAUCUCAAGACUCAUUUAUUAAUUCACACUGGAAUGAAACUUCACAAAUGUGAGAUUUGUGGGAAAUCUUUUACUUUGUUAGGCAAUCUCAAGCAGCACACAUUAAUUCACACUGGAAAGAAACCUCACAAAUGUGGUAUUUGUGCCAAAUGGUUUGCUAGGUCAGGCGAUCUGAAGACACAUUUAUUAAUUCACACUGGAAUUAAAUCUCACAAAUGUGAGAUUUGUGGAAAAUGUUUUUCUACAUCAGGUUAUCUCAAGACUCACGUAUUAAUUCACACUGGAAAGAAACCUCACAAAUGUGAGAUUUGUGCAAAAUGUUUUGCUACAUCACGUUCUCUCAAGACUCAUGUAUUAAUUCACACUGGAAAUAAAUCUCACAAAUGUGAGAUUUGUGGAAAAUGUUUUACUACAUCAGGUUAUCUCAAGGCUCAUGUAUUAAUUCACACUGGAAUGAAACUUCACAAAUGUGAGAUUUGUGGGAAAUCUUUUACUUUGUUAGGCAAUCUCAAGAAGCACACAUUAAUUCACACUGGAAAGAAACCUCACAAAUGUGAGAUUUGUGGAAAAUGUUUUGCUAGAUCAGAUGAUCUCAAGACUCAUGAAUUUCUUCACACUGGAAAGAAACCUCACAAAUGUGGUAUUUGUGCCAAAUGGUUUGCUAGGUCAGGCGAUCUGAAGACACAUUUAUUAAUUCACACUGGAAAGAAACCUCACAAAUGUGUGAUUUGUGGGAAAUCCUUCGGUAGGUCAGGCACUCUCAAGAGGCAUAUAACAGUUCACACUGGAAAGAAACUUCACAUCUAGAAAAGACCUCACAAAUGUGAUAUUUGUGGCAAAUCAUUUACUACAUCAGGUGAUCUCAAGACACAUGCAUUAGUCCACAUGGGAAGGGGACCUCACAAAUGUGAUAUCUGUGACAAAAGUUUCUCAGUUUGGUACUUUCAAGACACAUGCAUUACUUCACAUCAGAAAGUAACUACAAGUAAUUUUUAGUUUAUGCAAAUAGAUAUUCCUGGUUGGUGCCCUAAAGGCCUAUAAAAUAAUGAAUGUAGUAGGGGGACAAUAAAUUUUAAUGAAUGUGGAAUAACAUUAAAGUGUUGUAGCAUUGUGAAAAAAGUGCAAUAAUGUGUACUAUAUUGAGGUAAGAGAUAAUGUGAAAUACAAAAAUCACUAUCUGCAGCUUGAGAUGUUAAGAAAUUGUAUUACUAAAUACUCCAGAAACAUGAAUCAAAUGUGUUUUUGUCAUUAACACUGUCAAUAGUUAUAAUUACCAUGCAAUAUUCAGUAUAAGGCCAAGGAAAUGUGAUGACUUGCUGCUUAUUAUUCCAAACAUGGUCAUUAUGUAGUACUUGUAACUCUGCAUUUGAGAAAGUGA